AUAAUAAGUUUAUGAGUGUCCGAAGUUAUCACAAGAAUUAUACUGCCUUCAUGCUUAUGGUGAUCUAUUUUAUCUUCAUCAGCGCCGAAGUCAUCUUUGGGUUAAAUGCACUUAAUGGGCGUACCAUACCGCGACGGCAUGGCCCUGCAGUGGGUGCUUGGGACUCUAAGAAUGCUGAAUCAUUGAUACAUUAUACCGUCAGCAAGAAUUACACCAUUCUUGGUUGGGAAUUUGGAAAUGAAUUGAGUGGGAGUGGAGUUCAUACAAGAGUGGCAGCGAGCCAGUACGCAUCUGAUACAGUUCAUCUGAAGAACUUGGUGUUGGACAUUUACAAGAGUAUUGAACCGAAGCCUCUCAUCCUAGGACCAGGAGGAAGCUAUGAUGCAGUUUGGUUCAAGGAAUACUUGGACAAGACCCCAAAAUCCUUGGAUGCAAUUACUCUUCACAUCUACAAUCUCGGAUCAGCGGCCGAUCAGCACCUCGUUGAGAAGAUUCUAAAUCCAACAUAUCUUGAUGGCAUAGCUAAAACAUUUAGAAAGCUGCAAAACACAAUUAAGGGUUCUGCUUCGGCUACUUCGGCCUUAGCAUGGGUCAGUGAAGCGGGAGGAGCUUUCAAGAGCGGCCGUGAUGGAGUUUCAAAUACAUUUGUGUACAGCUUCUGGUAUCUGGAUCAGAUGGGCAUUGCAUCUACUUUUGAUACAAAAACGUACUGCAGACAAUCACUGAUAGGUGGAAAUUAUGGUUUGCUCAAUGCAACUUCCAAUGAUCCAAAUCCUGACUACUACAGUGCGCUGCUUUGGCACCGACUCAUGGGCAGAAAUGUCCUGGGAGCGAGCUUCUCUGGAUCGAACAAUUUCCGUGUCUAUGCUCACUGUGCAAAAGCCUCUAAAGGGGUCACAUUGCUGAUGAUAAACCUGGACGGCAGCUCCAUUUUUGAGGUCACGGUUGUUGGUUUUGACAACAGCAUUUCGGUUCCGAGAGGUUUUAACAACGCAAAUAUGAGAGAAGAAUACCAUUUAACGCCCAAGGAUGGAAAUCUGCUCAGCCAGACGGUGCUGCUAAAUGGAAAUAUAUUAGGCGUGAGUCCAUCUGGUGACAUACCUGCUCUGGAAGCUAACUACGUGAAUUCGUCAAGUUCAAUAGUAGUUGGUCCUCAUUCUAUUGUAUUUGCUCACAUGCCAUAUCACGUCAUUCCAGCUUGUAAUGUAUAGGAGAUGGAACCCGAAUUUGGUUCCUACUGCAAUUUAUUGAAGAAUGGAAAUAAUGCAAUUUGUUCUUUUUCGCAA